GUUCAGGCUCCUUUUCAGCAUCUCUGAGCUCAUUUCUGUGAAUGUUCCUAUUCUGGAGGAUCCGUCUUUUUGCUGGGGGGUGCACAUUAGAAUGAGCUCAGCUUGAGAGUCUGUCAUCACACGGGGACGCUCCACCGAUAUCCACCUUUUCCAGCCCGCGUGUCGACGACCGACUCUAGGUGGAGCCAGUCCCUUAUUAGUCUCACACCGGGGUGGGUUCCUCGACAUUUGCCGGAGCCCCCCCUCCCCUCCUCUUUCCCUCCACCUUCUCCAUAUCUCUCUCUCCUCACACUCUUUCAAUGAAUACUAAUGCAGCGAGCGGGCCCACCUCCCAUCUUUUCGCAGGGAUGGGCGGGAGGGGGGAGACAGAGCAAUUCCAGCUCAGUAUCUUUCCUCCUGAGGUAGGCAGUGCUUGACUAGCAGCAGCCCCCCCUCACCCCAUCCAAUGCCUUUUUUUUUCCUUCCUCCCACUGAGCAGAAUGGGUAAUACAGUGCGUUGCUGCUGCAACAGUGUAUAACCUGUGUGAGUGGCGUGAGCUCUGUGACCAGAGUUAGGGGGAAAAAGAGGACAUCUGUGCCUGCUUUGUGUCAUCUGGAUGGGAAGUCUUUUUUGGCAGGAGAGACAGAAGAAAGCAGAAGGCAGCCGGGGAAGGGGAACAACUGGCAGCAGCCAAUCCCCCCUUCCACCUAUAGACUGGAGACAACGGAGGCCACCGGAGUAUUUGCUUUUAUCUUUCGUUUUUUGUUCUUUUUUUUUCUCAUUGCGUUGCUGGGAGGUGCUUUGCCUUUUCAUUUGCUUGCUCUUUCGGUCCUCUGUCUUCUCAUCUAUUUUGCCAUUUACCUGGUCAACAAUUUCCUCUAUUUAUGAGCCAAACAAGGAGCGAGGAGAAGCAGAGCGACAACGAGAAAGAGACAGAGGAGGGGGAUUUUUCUCCCCUCUUUUUAUCCUCUUUCACCCCCUCUUCAUCCAUUCUUCCUUCCCUCUCCAUCCGCUAUCACUUCCAGCCCUUUCUCUCCCUGUGCAGCCCACGCUCCCUCCUCCCUCCCUCCAUCGCCUCCUUCCUCCUCCUCUCCUCCACCACCCAUAACUUUGGCUACUUUUUUGCUUUUUAACUCCAUCUGUGUUUUUAUUUCUUUCCUUUAACCACCUUUGAUAGAGUCUUUUUAAUUGGCUUGUUUGUGUUUUCUAUUUAUGCCUCUUUCAAUUUUGUACCUUUUCCUAUUUUCCCCCCUUCUCUUUUUUUCCUCCCACCACCCUAUGCAUCUUUUUUGGCCGAUUCUUAAAUCUAAUCAUAGGAGAUUUAAUGCAGCUUCUCGUCCUAUCAUGAAGAUAAUUGGAAGUGGGACUUUCUUGCUGCCAUAAAUGCACUGUGGAUGCAGUUUUCCUGUGGAAUUACCCUUUAAAUCCUGGAAUAGAAUCCAAAAAAAAAACCACACAAUUAACAAAAAGUGAUCUAAAAUCUGGACGCAUUUUGUUUUCUUGUAACGGACUGAUCUCUGAAUCGUAAUGGGAUUUCACAAUCGAGGAUUAACGACUCAAGCGACGUCUCUGUCAGUUAGCUGCCAGAGCAGCUGCAGCUCCAAUUUCCCACCACAUUUUUAUAGGUUUCCCAUUUAAGUCUUAAAUAGACUGCCGGGCGUCAGAAAAACAAACUUCUCCAAGCAUCUUCUGGGAGGAAGAGAAGCGAAGCUGCUCCUGUGGAGUACAAUUACCUCCAAACUGCUGCAUUAGCCUCGUGACCUGUGGAGGACUUUGACUAAAACUGCUGUUGAGCUUCUCUCAGUCUGAGGCUAUGAGAGGGAGAGAGGAGGCCCAGGCUGCACCACCAUGCUACUUCUGAGAAGCUGGGAUGAGUGUUUGGCUGGCAAAACUGAAGGUAUUACUCCCCCAUUGCAGCAUCAUGCCUGUCUCAAGAUGCAGCUCCUCCCCAACUCAGGAACAGGAGCGGGCUCGUGUCCCACACCCACCCAUGCCCCCGUAUCUGUACCCCCACACAAGCCCGCCUCGCUGUUUGCUCCUCGUUUUCCUGCUGCUCUGCCUUCUCCACCUACCGCCGGCCUGCCAGUCACGGAGAGAGAAGGGCGGGGGAGGCGGUGGCGGCCACUACAUCCCCAUCCCCCAGCCGCCCCCCCAUCACAUGGCCCUGCCCAACAUCCUGCGCGGCCUCAGCAUCGCUGUCGUCCUAGUGGGCAACUCCAGCGAGGUGGCGCUGGCGGGCGCCCGGGAAAAGGAGGACUUCCUUCACAUGGCGCCCAACGUGGAGGUGCUCACCAUGAAUGAGACGGACCCCAAGAGCAUCAUCAAGAGCAUCUGUGACCUCAUGACCGAGCACUGGCUACAGGGCGUGGUGUUUGGAGAUGACACUGACCAGGAAGCCAUCGCCCAGAUCCUGGACUUCAUUUCCGCCCAAACCCAUAUCCCCAUCCUCGGAGUACGCGGGGGCUCCUCCAUGAUCAUGGCUGCCAAGGAUGACCACUCCAUGUUCUUUCAAUUCGGCCCCUCCAUCGAGCAGCAGGCCUCCGUCAUUCUCAACAUCAUGGAGGAGUACGACUGGUACAUCUUCUCCAUCGUCACAACCUACUACCCGGGGUACCAGGACUUUGUCACCAAGAUUCGGAGCACCAUCGAGAACAGCUUUGUGGGCUGGGAACUGGAGGAAGUUCUUUUGCUCGACAUGUCUGUGGACGACGGAGAUUCCAAAAUCCAGAACCAGCUGAAGAAGCUUCAGAGCCCCGUCAUUCUGCUCUACUGCACAAAAGAGGAAGCCAACACGAUCUUCGAGGUGGCCCACUCCGUGGGGAUCACCGGCUACGGCUUCACCUGGAUCGUCCCCUCACUGGUGGCUGGAGACACAAUUGUGGUGCCAGCAGAGUUUCCAACAGGUCUUCUCUCUGUAUCCUAUGACGAGUGGGAUUAUGGUCUGGAGGCGCGCGUUCGAGAUGGCGUGGCCAUCAUCACGAUGGCGACUUCCGCCAUGAUGAUGGACCGAGGGCCUCACACCUUACUGAAAUCGGAGUGCCACGGAGCUCCAGAAAAGAAGACCCCCAUCUCAGGCAACCCCAACGAAGUGCUCAGGUACCUGAUGAAUGUGACGUUUGAGGGCCGUAACUUGUCAUUCAGCGAGGACGGAUACCAGAUGCACCCAAAGCUUGUCAUAAUUCUGCUCAACAAAGACCGGCAGUGGGACAGGGUGGGUAAAUGGGAGAACGGCUCCUUGUCUAUGAAGUACCAUGUGUGGCCUCGCUAUGAGCUGUACGGGGGGCCGGCGAACAGAGAGGAUGACCACCUGUCCAUUGUGACAUUGGAGGAGGCGCCGUUCGUCAUCGUGGAAGACGUGGACCCGCUUAGCGGCACCUGCAUGAGGAACACCGUACCCUGCCGGAAGCAGAUCAAAAAAGUUAAUCAGACCAAAGAGUCUGGGAUCUACAUCAAGCGCUGCUGUAAGGGCUUCUGCAUUGACAUCCUGAAAAAAAUCGCCAAGUCUGUCAAAUUUACAUACGACCUUUACCUGGUCACCAACGGGAAACACGGCAAGAAAGUCAACGGAACCUGGAACGGCAUGGUGGGAGAGGUAGUGUUAAAGAAUGCCCACAUGGCUGUUGGGUCCUUAACCAUCAACGAGGAACGCUCUGAAGUCAUCGACUUCUCCGUCCCUUUCAUCGAGACGGGGAUCAGCGUCAUGGUUUCCCGGAGUAACGGCACCGUUUCACCAUCAGCCUUCUUAGAGCCGUUCAGCGCUGACGUGUGGGUGAUGAUGUUUGUGAUGCUGCUGCUGGUGUCAGCCAUGGCCGUGUUUAUAUUCGAGUACUUCAGCCCCGUGGGCUACAACCGCUGUCUGGCUGACGGCAAAGAGCCUCACGGUCCAUCUUUCACCAUCGGUAAAGCGAUCUGGCUGCUGUGGGGUCUCGUCUUCAACAACUCCGUGCCGGUUCAAAACCCCAAAGGCACCACCAGUAAAAUCAUGGUGUCGGUGUGGGCCUUCUUCGCUGUGAUCUUCCUGGCCUCCUACACUGCCAACCUGGCUGCCUUCAUGAUCCAAGAGGAGUAUGUGGACCAGGUCACGGGUCUGUCCGACAAAAAGUUCCAGAGUCCCAAUGACUUUUCACCCCCAUUUCGGUUUGGUACAGUCCCCAACGGCAGUACGGAGAGAAACAUCAGGAACAACUAUCCAGAAAUGCAUUCCUACAUGACCAAGUUUCAUCAGAGGAAUGUGAAUGAAGCCUUGCAAAGUCUGAAGGCCGGCAAAUUAGAUGCAUUCAUUUACGAUGCAGCCGUGCUGAACUACAUGGCUGGCAGAGACGAGGGCUGCAAGCUGGUGACCAUUGGCAGCGGCUACAUCUUCGCCACUACGGGAUACGGCAUCGCCAUCCAGAAGGAGUCGCUCUGGAAGAGACACGUGGACCUGGCCAUCCUGCAGCUCUUUGGAGACGGUGAGAUGGAGGAGCUGGAGUCUCUGUGGCUGACGGGGAUCUGCCACCACGAGAAGAACGAGGUGAUGUCCAGCCAGCUGGACGUGGACAACAUGGCCGGCGUCUUCUACAUGCUGGGUGCCGCCAUGGCGCUCUCCCUCAUCACCUUCAUCUGCGAACACUGGUUCUACUGGCAGCUGCGCUUCUGCUUCAUGGGCGUCUGCUCGGGUCGGCCCGGCUUUGUCUUCUCAAUCAGCAGGGGCAUCUACAGCUGCAUCCACGGAGUGCAGAUCGAGGAAAAAAGCAGUUCUGCUUUAAACUCCCCAUCAGCAACCAUGAACAACACCCAUUCCAACAUUAUGCGGCUCUUGCGCACUGCCAAGAACAUGGCCUCCCUGUCUGGGGUGAACGGAUCGCCUCACAGCGCUUUGGACUUCAUUCGUCGAGAAUCCUCGGUUUAUGACAUCUCAGAGCAUCGACGCAGCUUAGCUGGACAUUCCGACUGCAAACCUCCAUACUUACCAGAGGACAACAUGUUCAGUGACUACAUCAGUGAGGUGGAGAGGACAUUUGGUAACCUUCACCUCAAGGAUAGUAAUGUCUACCAGGAUCACUACCUGCAUCAUCAUGGCUCAACACUAGGUCUGACUGGCCCUCCACCCAACAGGCCCCACAGUCUUGGAGGCAGUGUGAGUUCCCUGGAGGGGGGCAUGUUUGAUUGUGAUAGCCUCGGUGGAGGCGUGGCCCCCAUCUUUGCCACGCAGCCCUGCUCUGCAUUGACCCACAGGAACAUGAGCAAGUUCGACCUGCUGUCCGGACAGACUCCCCCGUCAGGCCCAGGAUUCAAGGGAGGACUUCCUGACGUGUACGGGAAGUUCUCCUUCAAGGGCGGUGCUUCAAGUUCUACAUACAUCCCAGGACAUAGCUACUGUGGAGGGAGGGGAGAAGAAGAUGGAAAUGUACGCUCAGAUGUCUCAGACAUUUCCACACACACAGUAACUUACGGAAAUUUGGAGGGUAAUGCCAAGAAGCGCAAACAGUACCGAGACAGUCUGAAGAAGAGGCCGGCCUCUGCAAAGUCCAGACGGGAACUGGACGAGAUUGAGCUGGGCUACAGGAGGAAGCCCUACCACAUCAGUCACCACCACUACCACAGUCAACGCUCUGCCUCCCCACCAUUCUUGCCCCCAGAACGAAAGAGAGGGACUGGAGGAGGGGGAAACAAUGACGGGAACUCGUAUCUUUUCAGAGAAAAGGAGAGCGUUAGGGAUUUUUAUUUGGACCAGUUUCGUCCCAAAGAGGGUGUUCCUCAGUGGGAGCAUGUGGAUUUGACUGAGGGCCCUGGGAGUCGAGAUGGAGGAGUUGGAACCUGUACCUCACUGGUGCCAGUGGAGGAUUUUCUCAAGAGUAAACCCAAAAAGUCCGACUCAAAGAGUGGAGGAUCUGGGUUGGCUGGGGGAGAAUGGGAAUGUAGAAACUGUCGGGCUAGUGGGGGAGGAGGGGGCAAGCAGAUGUCCAUCCAUGGAGGUGGGGGCGGGUAUGGCGGUGGAAUGGGCUGUGGUUCCUCGGGGGGAGGGAACAGCCGACCGAGCUCAGCAACCUGCAUGCGCUGCGAAGGUUGUAAAAAGACAGGAAACCUCUAUGACAUCAGCGAGGACAACAACCACCUCUUGGAACAGAUGGGGGGAGGGACAGGUGGGGGAGGAGUCGGAGGUAUGGUUGGAGGCCCCCAGUCUCAAUCUCAGGCCCAGCAGAGAAGGAAGAGUGGAGGACUUGGGAAGCAGUUGAGGCGUCAACAUUCAUAUGACACGUUCGUGGACCUUCAGAAGGAGGAAUCGGGUGGGAUGGGAAGUUUGAUCGCAGGUUUGGGAGGAGGUGGAGGAAUGAGCGGACCAGGCAUGGUGGGAAUGUUGCCCCCACCUAGGAGUGUCAGCUUGAAGGAGAAGGAGCGCUACAUGGAAGGUAACAGUCCCUUUGCACACAUAUUUGAGCGACAUGGGGGCUCAGAGAGGGACAGAGACAGAGACCCGCUGUUCUACGGAGCUGACAGUCGAAAAGGUCCUGGAUCACCGUUUGGCCUUUUCAGAGGCGGUGAGGGCCCCCAUCGCCGCUCCAUCGGAGAGAGAGACAUGAGGGACAGAGACAGAUCUCUGAUGGAAGGAGGAGGCGGGGCAGGAUUCUCUUUAUCCAAAUCCCUUUACCCUGACCGGGUAAACCAAAACCCUUUUAUACCCACCUUUGGCGACGAUCAGUGUCUGAUGCAUGGAGCCAAACAGUAUUACAUGACAAAGCAACAGCAGCAGCAACAAGUUGCCAAAAACAGCCGUAGUGACUUCAGGAGCCAGUUAAGUACAACCACUUACAUGCCGGCGCCUGCCUCAGCCGGCGUGAUGUCUAAUGUGACUCCCCGGUUCCCGAAAGAGCUCAGCCUUGGUGGAAUGAACCACCACGGCUCCAUGCUGGGGGUCGGUCCCCCACGUCCCUUCAAUGGAAGCAAUGGCCAUGUGUACGAGAAACUCUCCAGCAUUGAGUCUGAUGUGUAAAAGAUGGGGAGGGAGGAGGAGGAGAGCAAUACGGGCAUCAGAUGUUAGGUGUGUUUAAGACAUUAGAAAACAGAAAAAAUGACUGAAAAGGUAAGAAUGUCAACAAAAUCAGGACAUCCUGAGGAGGUGUGGGAUGCUAUCUCUUUCUCAAAACUGGCCAAAGCUAUUCUGCAUUUCUGUUCAGACACCAUCAGAGAACAUUCCCCCCAACCCCACACAUCUUCUGAACCCCAGCUCCAUCUCUUAUCCCACCAGUAUUUGAGAAGCCACCGUUGAUUUUGUAACGAUGCAACAUCUCAUCUCCGCUCGCCACUGGCCUUGUGGUGCGUUGGCAGUCUGAGGGCUCCUGCUGGGUGCUACUGAGGAAGGAGUGAACUGUCCAUCUGCCCCUGUGUCAAAGCAGAACGUAGACGCUGUCACAUUUACCAGAUCCGUGGCGCCACCUGGAUCUGUUCCCAUCUCACUCUUCUUCCUUUCAUCCUUGCUCCUCCUCAUCAUCCUCCCUAAAGAGCUGUUUGUUACGAGAAUACAAUCAUGGAUGAAAAUAUGAUAUUCUUAUAGAAAAACAGGGUAUAAGAACAACAACAAUGUUGUGAAUAACAAAGACGUCAAUGCUGUUUAUGGUAACUCAUGAUGAUAUCACUAAGUUGUUCUCGUUUCUGUUCUACUAAUAUGAUACUUCAUAAAUUUCUUGCUAUCUAUAGUUGUGUUUCAUCUGCUCCUGGUGGCAGCAGGGAGGUUGUUCUUACUUCAACCAACAAGCCAGAAAGACUGAGUCUUCAACUCCAGUUUGUUUUCUCUUAUUUAAUAUUUUACAUUCCUCUGAUUUGUGUUUUUUGCUCCCUGUGGAAAAGCUUCAUUUUCUUUUGUUUUGUGGGUCUGAACUUGUGUUACUGUGAAUAACAACGUUUUUGUCAGAAGCUGCUGAGUGGAUGGACGUGCCUUACAGGUCUCCAGUGGAAAUGUCCCCACGCGUGGCAGCACCAGGACUGACCGGCACACUUUCAGGCUGCUUGUGUUUUCAUCACAUAUGAGCCAAAACCGCAGCGGGCAUCGACAGCAGACUGCCGCUGUGGUUUCAAUAAAAAAUGUAAGGUCUUUUAUACCUUUGUUUAAGAAAAUGUUAGGUUUGGGAAGUGUUUAAUGAACCUGUUGAAUUCAGGAUGUCCCAGUGUUCCGGUUAGACUGGCGUGUCUCGCUUCACAACAGCCUUUCGGCCACUUCUUUUAUUCAGGUUACAUAACACUCACCAGACACUUACUUUUUCAGCCUCUGACUAUUGUGUUCUGUGAAACAGUCUUAGACGCUCACACAGAAGGCUUUGUUUUAACGUUGUGCUUUGAUUCAUCACAAUGAAAACCUGUGAAUAAGUCGCAUCCGUAUUCAAAACUGGUUGUGGAUGUAAAGAUAGCUUCAUUGAGCUGCAGUUUCUGACUCAUGUGUUCAGCAGACUUCACCACUACAAGUCCCUUUUUGAUUGCACCGUAGUGGUUGUACUUUGGAGUAGCGGACCUCUUUAGCUUUCUUGCUGCAACUAUCCGACUCUCCAUGUAGUUUAGUUUAUCAUUUACAACCAAGAUUGUCUCAAAAUGCUUCCCAAAAUAGCAAGAAAAACAUCAAACCAAGAAAAAAAAUAUUUUAUGAUUCUCCAAAUGAGCCAACAGUCCAACUUGGUUCAGAUCUUUCCUGUACAAUGAUUUAAACUCUAGUUUAUUAAGUCUAUAGAGACUGAUAGAAGCAUAUUUGCUCCUUUUAACACACUUAUAGAAAAAAAAGAAGAAAAAAAAAACUCUUAUAAGCAAGAGCAGAAGCAAAACGUAAUCAGAACCAGGUUCUGUUUGGGUAACUAUCUACUGUGACCAGAUGAGGUUUGAGAAGACAGAGGGGAGAUUUGAAAAAAACAAAACUGUAAUAUCAAAAUAAAUGUGAGAGACGAGUUAGCAACUGCAACAGUUUCCUAUGCGCAAAACUUCACUGAAGUUUUAGAAACACAAUUUCACAACUACUCUGUGAUAAAUUAGAAUAAUAAACACAAAAUAAAUCAAUCAAAAACACGGGAGCUGCUACAGAUGAAACGGGCUGUGGAUCCAACAAUUCUGCAUGACAUGCUCAAGUUUUGAUGAGCUGUGUGGUGCUGUGAGCCAUAUUGUGGCGCCCGCUAAGGGUAGCAUCCGGUUCUCGGUCAUGUGACUCAUUUAGUUCAAAAAAAGUGUUUUCAUUACAGUUUUGCAAAAUAUGUCAAUUUUGAUACAUCCCAAAAUCCCCUUCCUCCCAGAGCAAAAACGUUUUUGUUUUCAAUAAGUGCAAGUUUUUUUCAAAAUUGGCAUAUUUACAUUAGCUGAAUUUUUUAUUGCAAAUCUAAUUUGCGCAAUUUCAUAGUCAAUAGAAGCAGUGUCCUGUACAUUCAUGGAUGGGGAUUAGAAUCCUUCUUCUUUCUACAUAGCAAUGACUGUGUAUUUUUUAGUAUUUUUUGAAUAAAUAUUUUUUAUAUAUGUCUUCUUGUAUGUUAAAAAAGUCUGGCCUUUUAAUCUACUGUCUGUAGGUUAAAAGGCCAGACAAAAAAUUCUUUAAGCACAAAACAAAUGCAACAAGAUCACACGUCUUUACUUUUGUUUCCUAAAACUAUUACAUUUGUGAGGAAAUUUAACCCCAAAAAGCAGAGAAAUUUUGAGUUUUUCUUCAUGUUUUAUGUCCCUUUACAUACUUUUCUUGAAGUUUUGUUGAAGUUCUUGAAGUUACACAGUUUGAAAGUAGGUUUCUGUUGAAAUUUUUCCUCUUUUUUUUUUCUCCGACUUUGUUAAUUCACUAAAAAACUUUGUUUUUAAAAUAUUUAAUAUAUUCCAAAAAUGUCACAGUUCAAGCUUCUAGAGCAGCCAAACAGAGCACUGGCAGGUGCUAACUCUUUAGCCGACACAUAAAAAAACAUGAAAUUCUGCAGAACUAGAGCCAGGAGGAUGCAAAACUGUAAAGAGAACUCUGUCAGUUUUAAAAUGACAAAUUUACCUUAUUUUAUGCUAAAAUGAAAGCUAAAAAGCAGUUCAAGAUGGAUCAAAUGGAACAUUUUUAAUCUGCAUAAAUAUGAAGAUGAAUUUACUGAUGUUCACUCAAAGCAUUAAACCUACAACAGACAAACUUUGACUAAUUCUGACGAACGUGUCUCCAUCUGCAGAAAGCUGAAAGCGUCUGGACUGUGGUGGAAUUACAGCUCAUACUGAGCCACAAAAUUAUGAAUGAAGCAUAACAAAUAAUUCAUAAGAAAACUUCUCCCUUAUUUCUUGAAUGACAGAACUUCAGGACAGUCAUUUUUUCGCCCCUGAAACAGUUGAUGGUCGUCUAUAUUUCUAAUCAUUCUUAGCUUAGUUUUUGUGUGACUGUGUGUACAAGAACAACACUUGAAGAACUGCCAAAAUGUGACACAAAGUUGUGAGAAAGUGUUUACCUACAUUCUAUUUAAUCCCAAAUUUCAUCAAGAGUUUGCACAGCAUCACUAUUCUACUAUCUUAGUUUGAUUCCAAGUCAAAAUUGUCACAAAUGUUUAAUCAGUUCCGAGUUCUUUCUAACUAAUCUUCAGCUGUUCCUGCCCCAGUGAUGCACAACCAUUAUAGUGCCCUCUGCUGGACACAUGUUGCAUAAUCCCACCAGUCUCCAGCUACAGUUUGUGUUGCAUUUUUUUAUGGAGUAAAAAGAAAUAAGGAUGUGUCGUAUUCGCAGGUUGGGUGUGUAGAAAAUGCUUGAAACUGUUAAAAAAAAAACAGUGAAAUCCUGAGGAUGAGAAUUUGAGCUGUGGAGGCCUCGUCCUGCAAGGAGACGGUUUUUGUCUGACCUUUAGGUGAAGAGGCCUCAUUUAUUGCACAGGAAUUUUUACUUAGUGUACAGUUGACAUGCCUUAUCACUCCCAUGGUUUUAUUCUCCAGUGCUGUCUGAUAAUGACUCGUCAUGUUCGAAGCGAGGAGGUCUCCGUUAGUUAUCUGAUCUUGGAUCAGUUGGGGUCAGAAGGGCUGAGCAGGAGGAGGAAAUGCGAUCGUGGACGUCGAUGACCCUGAUUUUCAUCCUCCAUCUACACGCAUCUAGAGUAGGUCUCUCUGUGAAAUUGCUAGUGCUGCUGCUUUCCACUAACUCUGCCAGCUGAGCUCAUAAAUUCAGCGUUCACGCUAAAGCAGGACCGAUCGAGUUGGCCUUAAACAAGACUCAUCCAGCCUCUCACUAUCCCCCACCACUUUCCUAAUAAAACAGAUCGGGAUCUCUGGAAUUUUUAUACGCACACACCUUUGAAAGUUCAGGUCAACCAUUAUCAGCAGGACGGCGCCGGACGGAGGCGGAGAAACGGAGGAGAAGAGCGUGGAGCGAGCGUCAAUCAGCAUCCGUGUGUUCAGUCUCUCCCUUGUAAAUAAUCUGAAAAACCAUCUCACUCUGUACAGUAAAGAGACAGACAGGAUGUAACUUUCACUAUGUUUUACAGCUGUUUAAGAAAUAAGCAAAACCACAAUAAAAAGGCGUAAAAACUAGAAAAUCCACCAACAAAAAUAUGCAAAAUGUAGUUAACGCGCAAUUAUUACUAGGCAUAAGUGAUAUAAUUGAACCUCUUUUUCUUUCAAUCUCAUGUUAAUUCUGAUAGUUUACCAAUCAGUAUACGGAUUAUGUUAAGAAUAAUGCUUUUUCUUCUGUUCACUGUUGGAGGAUAAUUUACUGUAGGUGUAGACGUUUGGUGAUUUAAGGGGAAAAGUUUAGUUUUAGCAGUCUUUGUUAAGUUGAAUUGUGUUAGAUUCUCUCUUUUUAAGGUAAGCUACUCUUAAUGCUUUUUGAGAUCAAUUAUCUACACAUUUAUGUAAUACAAUAUUACACAUAUACAGAGGUAUUUGCAUAUAGAGGCAGUAUAUCGUGAUCUUUUUUUCUUCUUUUUUGGCGGCGGCCGUUGUUCUCGCCGCCCGCGUUUUGAUCUGGUCUCUUUAACGGUGAUUGCACACAGAAUUUAGAGCCAUCGUCGGCCUGGCCUGUCCUGUUCCCUCUCUGUGUUUGGGAGUGACAUCACUGUGGUAAAGGAAUAUAGAAAUAUAUAUGUAUAUAAAUGAUGCAUUCAUAGAACUCACAUGUGCAUACACUGGACGUUUGCCAGUGUUGAUUUUUGCUGAGAAAUCCAGCACAAUAGCGCAGAGAAGCCAAGCUGAAAUGCAUUUGUACAACCCCUUAUCAGAGGUUUUGCUCCAAAAGAAUCAGCUGGAGUUGCUUUAUUUGAACCCAUCUAUUACUAAACGGUGUUCCUUGACAGCUGAACGCCCUCGAAUGUGUUGCAUUCUUGUUUAUUUUACGUCUCUCCUUAUGAGGCUGCAAAUAUUAUCUGUAAUUUGUUGUGUGCAUAUGCAAUUUUGUCCCCAUGCAUCCAGAAGUUAUUUCCUCUCUCUCAUUUUGUGUGCUACUAAUUCCAAUAAGUCGCUGUAAUCUUCUCCUGUGCCCUGAGAGAAGAAACUCAUCUUCCCUCUGUUUUUCUCCUCUGCUGCUUUCACGUCCAUGGGGGUGAUUGAAAAGUGAAAAAAUGUGCCCUCGUGCACAUAAACCCUAUUAGGUUUCCAUAUUUUUCUCACUGGCUAACCGAAAUUAUUACCCGUCGUUUGCAAUAAAUGCAGCCACCAAACUGAACACGCUCCGACUGGGACGGCGAAUGUGUCCAUAAAUCAGCUCCUGUUUCUUAAGCGUUCCCAUCAGAUCACCUGCAACCAGCACGCAGAGACGGCAGGGCUUGUCCAGACUCUCCCUUUAGGCCAAACUGGUUCCAGUUUCAUCAUGCGGGGCCAAACUUUCUGUUCCGGCUCCAGAAAUUGACUUAUUGAGCCAGAACAUCCUGAUCCUAGAGGGGCUUAAAUCUAUCAGCUGAGGUGUGUUUUUUUAUUUUCUGUCAGGAAAACUGACGCUUGGGACCAACUACCUUCACGCUGCAGGGAUGGACAUACCGGUGAAUCUGACAUGUGUGAGAAAAAAGCUGGACUUGACUUUAAAAUGUGUCAUUUUUUUAUGAAUGAGUCACUGACUUCCUUUCCUAUCCUGUCGUUGCAAAACCUGUUUAUUUGUUGAAUUUACCAAACAAUAAUGCACAAAAUUCAGAUUUGUUUGUUCAUGUCAUUAUUAUUAAUAUCAAUGAAGUGAAAAUCACAUAAGGGGUUGCUACUAAAUGUAUUUCACACAUUUAUGGAAGAAACGAUCGAAACAACAUAAUAACUAGGAAUAACUGUGGGUGACAAAAUUGUACCAUAUAAAUAGUAUCACUUGUAUACAUAAUACUAUACAGAAAUAUUAUUCUUGGCCAUUCUUUUCUCUUUUUGUGGCCCGUUUUCUUUUGAAAUAAUGCCAAAAUUUUUACACCGUACGAACAGAAAAUCACACAAAAAAAGUUGUACAGGCUGUGUAAAUACUGGACACCAGGGAAGACUCCCCUUCACCCUUUUUUGUAUGGAAGAAGUAAUAUCAAUAACAAAUUUAACCAUUUCAUGACAAAAUGGCAAAAAAGGAAAAAAAAAAA